CUGCGCCACCAGCGAAGCCCCAUGCAGUAGUUUUGAAAAUCAAAAGUAACGCCUCAAAUCCAGGAUGAACAAAAUAUCAAAGUUUUAAAUACAGGCAGCAUGGGUAUCCUGAUUUUUCUUUUUGCAUCAGGCUCCAGUACAGCUUGGCAUGGCAUGGUUACAGAUCUUUGUUUGAAAUUUUAACAUUUUUGUUUAUCUUGGAUUUUUGGCAUUAAUUUUUAUUUUUUUCAAUUGCAUCAAAAUACUUGAUCACUGAGUGUUUUUGCCAUCCCCUUAAAUUUGGUACGCAAGGUGAGUGCCUCCUUGCUUAACCCUGGUCCCAGCCCUAGUGGGGCCGCCCACAGGGUGGGGCAGGGCUGGCAGGGAAGUCCCCAGGCCAGUGCGGACGAUGGGGGUGACAAUCACAUCCGUAAUGAAAUGACAUCUAACAUGCACUGGGGUCUCUGGGCCAAGCACUGUUCUCGAGCCCUCCCGUCCUUCCUUCUGGAUCACCUACGAUGUGCUGAGCGCUCAGGAUAGAGCAGACCGAUACACUUCCCUGCCACUCAGAACCCACAUCCCGGUUUGGGCAGAGAGAUGAUAAAAUAAUAAAAUGCGUGAGAAUCGGCAAAAUGUGAGGCGCGCCGUGCUACAGGCUAAAGAGAAAAAAUAACGAAGAAAAGAAGACAUGAACCAUGUUUUAGGCACGGUCACCAAGAAUGACAUCCCUGAAACGCCACGACCACCCAGGAGGGAGAGUUAUUACUCAGCCCCAUUCUCAGAUGAGGAAACUGAAGCAGCCUGCCCAGGAAGUGACAGCUGGGCUCCCAGCCUGCUCCGGCUGGUGCCAGAGGGCUUUUAUUGUGGGGAGGGAGAGGGAGGGGAGGAGCGGGAAGACAUCACGUAGAACCAGAUGGAAUGAGGGCACCAGGACUUCUUUCUCCACUUAAAGGGGCCGCCUUGACUGUACGUUGGGCAGGACUGUCUCCGCCUCCCUAACGGGAAAGGCCAGGUUGGCUCAGCCUGGUCACCACCGGGCCCCACCCCACCAGGGACACCACCACCCCCACCCCGCCCCGGGUAGGGGCCCUUUAAGGCCGUCCCCCCACCACCCCCGGAGCUGGCAACGUGACCGCCCUCCCUCAAGUGCGCAAAUUCAUUCAUGCAGGGGCCCCUGCUGACUCACGCUUAUGAAAGUGAUUUCCUGGCCCCGCCCACCGCCCGCCUCCUCCCAACUCGUGAAAUACCCUCGCUUCCCGGCCACUCAUAGCCUCUUGGAUCCCCACGGGGUAAUGGGUGUCCUGCACCCUCGGCCGGCACCGUGAGCCCUGGUUCUCCUAGUGCCUGACGAGGCCAGGCUCACGAGUGUCCUCGACCCCUGCGCGUCAGGUUGCUGCCAGCCCCAAGCCCCCCCGAGAGCCCCAGCCAUGAGCAACGGAUGGAAGGACCACCUUGGUGCCCGCAGCUCAGAGCCCCUCCCGGUCGUCAUCAUCGGCAAUGGUCCCUCGGGCAUCUGCCUGUCCUACCUGCUCUCGGGUUACAACCCCUACGUGAAGCCAGAUGCCGUCCACCCACACCCCUUGCUGCAGAGGAAGCUCACCGAGGCGCCGGGGGUCUCCAUCGUGGACCAGGACCUGGAUUACCUGUCCGAAGGCCUUGAAGGCCGGUGCCAAAGCCCUGUGGCCCUGCUGUUUGAUGCCCUCCUGUGCCCAGACACAGACUUUGGGGGCAACGUGGAGUCUGUCCUCACCUGGAAGCACCAGAAGGAGCGAGCCAUCCCCCACCUGGUCCUGGGCCGGAACCUGCCAGGGGGCGCCUGGCAUUCCAUUGAAGGCUCCAUGGUGACCCUGAGCCAAGGCGAUUGGAUGGGGCUCCCGGACCUGCAGGUCAAGGACUGGAUGUGCAGGAAGCGAAGAGGUCUUCGCAACAGCCGGGCCACGGCCGGGGACAUCGCGCACUACUAUAGGGACUACGUGAUCAAGAAGGGCCUGAGCCAUAAUUUUGUGUCUGGCGCCGUGGUCACGGCCGUGGAGUGGGGGACGCCCGAGCCCAGCAGCCCCGGCGCCCGGGACCCCAGCCCCCUCUUCCAGGUGAACGGCUUCGUGACCACCGCGGACCAGAGCCAGCAGCCCUUCUCCUUAUGCGCCCGCAACGUGGUCUUGGCCACUGGCACGUCUGACAGCCCGGCCCGGCUGGGCAUCCCCGGGGAGGCCCUGCCGUUCGUCCAUCGUGAUCUGUCGGCCCUGGAGGCAGCCACGCGGGCAGGCACCGUGUCCCCGUCCUCGGACCCCGUCCUCAUCAUCGGGGCGGGACUGUCGGCGGCCGACGCGGUCCUCUACGCCCGCCACUACAACAUCCCUGUGAUCCACGCCUUCCGCCGGUCCGUGGACGACCCCGGCCUGGUGUUCAACCAGCUGCCCAAGAUGCUGUACCCGGAGUACCACAAGGUGCACCAGAUGAUGCGGGAGCAGUCCAUCCUGUCGCCCAGCCCCUACGAGGGCUACCGAAGCCUCCCCGAGCACCAGCUGCUGCUCCUCAGGGAGGACCGCCAGGCCGUGUUCCGGGACCCCCGGGGCCUCCAGAAGGUCUUCGGCAUCGCCCUGGUGCUGGCCCUCAUUGGCUCCCACCCUGAUCUGUCCUUCCUCCCGGGCGCAGGCGCUGACCUCGCCACGGACCCCAGCCAGCCACUGAGCGCCAAGAGGAACCCCAUUGACGUGGACCCCUUCACUUACCAGAGCGUCCACCGGGAGGGCCUGUACGCCGUGGGGCCACUGGCCGGGGACAACUUCGUGAGGUUUGUGCAGGGCGGGGCCCUGGCUGUGGCCAGCUCCCUGCUGAGGAAGGAGGCCAGGAAGCCGCCCUAGCACCUGGCCUGGCAUCCUUGCACCCAGGCCCUAAAGAGGAGGGGAGAGCACCACGGCCCUGCUGGACGCAGAGCCCAUCCCAAGAUGCCCCAGUGAUGGAAGGGGGCCUCUCCUGGCAGGAGACAGGAGCGGCCACGAGCCCAUGCAACGGCCCUCUCAGAUGAAGAGUGAGAAACCCAGGCUGCCAGGACUCAGACCAGGGUGGAAAGAGUGACCACAGGACAGGGGAGGCCCAGAGCUGUAACUGGGGGUGAGAGCUGCCGGUGUGAGCUGGGGUCACCGGGGCCAGCUGAGCACCGAGCCAGGAGGACCCCAGGCCCUGCUCUUCCCAGAACCAGGUCCCAAAUAAAACCAGCGCCUGCCUGCA